UAAAUUGCUCUAUUCGGUUGCGAGUUGAAGUAACGUAAAUGUAGACUCAAGAGUUACAGAAUUCAAGAUUGAGUUUUUGUGGUUUAAACUUUUUAAAGUGCUGUGUAAAUUCAUAAAACCUUUAAAAUAUUCAUAAAACGGCCGCUGCCGUCUUUAAAUUUUGAUAAUGGCGCCAACAAGGUUGGCAUCAAAACCUAUCGGCGUCAACGAAAACUUAAAUGGCAUCGUAAGCCAUGGUAUCACGACGAGGAGUAAGCAAUUGGCUUCUCUAAAGACCUACAAAGACAAUCUAAAGGCGCCUAAUAAAAGGAAAGCUGAUAGUCCCCUGAAAGACAUGACGGCGAAAAGGGCGGCCUUUGGCGAUAUCACAAACGCUUUCAACAAAUCCUGUGCUAAUAAUGAUAAAGACAAAAGCAUGGCACUGAAAAAAGUCACAGUGGAAAGCAAAAUGCUUCCAUCUGUAAAGAGCAUUAAACCACAAACAGUAGUCAAUGGGAAGACUUCAAAAACAAGACAGCUACAAAAAGUUGCCACAAAUGUUGUUGAAAGUGUCCAGAAACACUUCACUAAAGACCCACCGAAGCCUGUAGCCACUCGCGCUCAGAACGGCAUUCUUAAGAAUAUUAUUAGGAAAUCACUUGACAAAGAGAACCAGAAUCAGAGUCAGAGCUCAGCGAAAUCGGCGAAGAGUGAUGUCUCGGAGCCUUCUCUUUACACGACUGCUUUGGAAAAUAAUAGCCCAAACGAAACUAAAGAAGAGUACAAGACGAUUAGCGAAAAACUCGAUAAGGUUAACUUGGAUGACACCGACACCAAGUCCCUCGAUGAGGAGACAGAAUCACCGCACAAGACGCCCGAGGGCGUGGCUGACUUUGACCUGGAAAACUGGAAUGAUCACUACCAGGUCUCCCAUUACGCGAUGGAUAUUUUCAACUAUUUGAAGGGUAGAGAGCCUCUCUUCACAAUCGACGAUUACCUCGGCCGGAUGAAGGGCAUUACGUCCUGGAUGAGAGCGCUCCUGGUGGACUGGAUGGUGGAGGUGCAGGAGAGCUUCGAGCUGAACCACGAGACGCUGUAUCUCGCGGUGAAGCUGGUGGACCUGUUCCUCACCCGCUCGAGCAGGAGCCUGCCGGAGAGGGAGCAUCUGAGCAAGGAGGAGUUGCAGCUGCUGGGAGCUUCGGCUCUUUUUAUAGCGUCUAAAUUUGAUGAAAGGAUCCCGCCCCUUGUAGACGACUUCCUUUACAUCUGCGACGGCGCGUACACGCUCAGCCAAUUGCUCAAGAUGGAGAUCAACAUAUUAAAAGUUAUCGACUUUGAUCUCGGCAUUCCGCUCUCGUACAGGUUCCUCAGGAGAUAUGCUAGGUGCGCGCGCGUGUCGAUGCCGACGCUGACGCUGGCGCGCUUCGUGCUGGAGCAGGCGCUGCUGGAGUACGCGCUGGCGGGCGCGUCCGACAGCCGCCUGGCCGCCGCCGCGCUCUACCUGGCGCUGCGCAUGAAGGGCCUCUCGCACUGGACGCCCACGCUGCACCACUACACCGGCUACGAGCUGAAAGACAUCAUACCGCUGGCGCUGCAACUGAACGCGACGCUGCACAAG